AUGGCAUCUGAAAAUGUAAGCAACAGCAACCAGCUAGUAAAUACGAGCGCUGAGGUUAGUCGUGUAGAUGGAAAACCACUUUUGACCGUAAACAAUCCCGGACUUUAUUCUUCUUCUAGUUCUUCAGAAUUUGGCAAUGGCGAUCUUUGUGAUGAUUCCUCUGCCAAAUCCGAGCAUGACGGAGCUCUUUCUUCCGAAACAGAGUCCUUAUCAUCACCAGAUGUCUCACAGACACCUCAGUGGAGCAUGAUAAGUGCAUCUCCACGUGCCGGAAGCUCACUUUUAUCACAAGAAUUGGCACCCCAGAAUCCGGACUGGAAUUCCUUCAGUACAAUGAAAUCUCCUCCAGUUCAAACAAUGGGGCGUCCCACAGGUUAUGAUCCAAAUAGGAUUCCAGUGUCUAUUUUUUCGACUAAAAAAACAGGGAAUAUGGAUUGGAGUGUUGCUUCGAACGAAUCACUGUUUAGCAUACAUAUGGGAAAUAACAGCUUCUCUAGAGAUAAUGCCAUGUUCCUCGGCAAGUCUGGAGAAUUGUCACGGAUUGAAGAAUGGAACAACUCACCAUCCAAUCUUCAAUAUGUUCCUGAAACCAAAUCCGGUGAGUUGAACAGCUUCCCUUCCAGCCUUCCCCCACUCAUUGAAGCAACAGCAGACGAAGAAAAUUGUGUAAAAUUAGGGGAGACUUGUAGAAAAGGACAAGAGGAUUCUGGCUCAAGCCCAAAGACAGCCCCAACAAAAACCGUAGAGGAUCUAGAAAAGGAAAAGCCAGCUAUGACUGAAGUUCGUCUUCCACCUAGUGUCUCUAAUGUGUCGGACGGUAAAGUAUCAACUCGUUUCCCCUCGAGCCCCCCUCGUCCUUCUGACGACAGUGGAAACAGCAGCAGCUCGUUUGCUUUCCCAUUAUUGGUAAACGACGGAGGGAAAACUGGCUCGUUGAAGUCGGUACCCAAAAAACAACAAUCAGAACCAAAUCCUUCCGAUGCAACACCAAAAGCCUCGGAGACAAGAUGGUUUUCUCGCUUCUCCUGUUGGCCUUUCUGCCGUUAA